AUGAAUUCCGAAAGUUCAGAUGACUCUGCCCACAGCAUCGAGGAAAUUGAUCUGGACGCCCUUGAAACUAAGGUGAAACAAAAUCCAUCGAACUACCAGGCACAUCUGGAGUUGGUAAACGCUUGUCGCCGAAGCGGUGAAUUUGAUCGUUUGAAGACAGCGAGGCAUAACAUGCAGGCAGUGUAUCCUCUCUCGGCUGAAUUGUGGUUGGAAUGGACGAAGGAUGAGCAGAAAAUCGGCACUGGGGUUUCAGAACUUAAGAAAUUGUUCGAUUUGGCGGUGCAGGAUUAUUUGUCGGUGGAGCUGUGGCUGGAAUACGCCCUCUGGGGAUGCUCUCACUUCAGUAUCGACGAGGCAAGGGCCGUGUUCGAGAGAGCUGUUCAGGCAGCCGGUUUGCACGUAGCAGAGGGCUUGCUUAUUUGGGAAGCAUACCGUCAGUUCGAGCUGUCUCUGCUGGAAGAAUUGUCUCCCGUUAAGGCAGACAGUGACAAAGAUAACGAACCGAAACAACAAGACGACUAUCCCAAACAAACCUUGUUCGAUGAGCAACGCGAGCGGUUUAGGCGAGUGUUUGUUCGACAGCUAUGUCUGCCGCUGAUGGACAUGGAACAAGGCAUGAAAGACUACACAGAGACAUUUGGGGCUGAAGCAGUGGAUUCAUCAUUGGACUACAAUUACAAAAGUGCACUGAAAGUACUGGCCCAACUGAAACCGUUCGAAUCACAGCUGAAAGAAGCCGGUAAAAAAACCGCUGACGUCUAUUCGAAGUACCUCGACCUUGAAGAAACCUUGAAAAACCCCGCACGGUUACAAUGCCUCUUCGAGAGGGCGGUUGCUGACCACUGUCUCGAUGGCGCCCUUUGGCUGCGAUAUGUUCGAUGGCUUGACAAUGAGCUAAAAGACUCAAACGUCAGUCUGAGUGUCUACGAACGCGCAGUCCGAAACUGUCCAUGGACAACAGUGUUAUGGCAGGAGUAUGCAAUGUCCUGUGAACGUUUUGGUCUGCUGUGGGAGCAGAUCGAAAAGGUGAUGAAAUGUGCGUUAGAGGCUGGUUUCAGCAGCGUCAGUGAAGCGGCGGAGUUGUGGUUACAGUACGCAUACCAAUGUCGUCGAAGACAAGGGAUGUCUGGUAAUGAAGUGACCGCGGAGGUGCAAAAAAUUUUUUGCGAAGGGGCCGCGUUUCUGAAGGAGAAGUUCGGUGGCGACUGCUGGGAUCCGGAGUUUUAUUACCGGAAAUGCUGGGCACGAUUUGAGGCCCGUCACAACAUUGAACUUUUCAGGGAAUUGUGGGACUCGAUACUAAAGGAAGGUAACUGUCGUUUCGCUAAUGUAUGGUUGGAAUAUAUUGCUUUGGAACGACAGUUCGGAAACACGCAGUCUGCGCGCAGGCUCUACCAAAAAGCCGCUAAUUCUGUGUCUGACUUUCCCGAAGCUUUGUUUCAAUGCUGGAUUCAGUUUGAAAGAGAGGAGGGUACACUGCAAGACUUGGAUUUUGCUAGGAAGAAAGUGGAACACUACAUGGAACGACUUCACCAACGCCAGGCCCAGACGAAUGCAAGAGCCAACAAAUCGAACAGAAGAAUGCAGCGGGAAGGGAGAAAUUCCGACAGAACAGCUACAAUUGAUGCUCACAAUGGUAGCGAAAGACGUGACUCCAGAAAAUCCAUCAACGCCAGCAAGAACCGCCGUUUAGUAUCUUCCGACAAAGCUGCUGUUCCCCUAGGUGGCAUCCCGGAUACCAUGGACACAAGUCAGCGUACGAAACGGGACGGCGAUGGCUUUGUGAUACCCAUCUUGCCCAAAAAACUGAAGACUACUGAAGUAAAGCCAACACCAAACAAAGAACGUUUGAUGGAGGUAUUCGAGACGGUCGGCGAGGUCAGCGACAUCCGCCUUGUGAUGCUAAGGCCUGGCCGAAGCAAAGGUUAUUGCUACGUGGAGUUCAAGGAAGGGCGAUGCGUCGACGAAGCGCUGAAACUCGACCGUCACAUGAUCGACGGUAGACCGAUGUUCGUGUCGGUUUGCAAGGGUGACCCACAGCGAUCUGAAGUGUCCAGUGACGCGUCAUCGACUUCGUUCAAAUACGGCACGGGAGAGGAAAAGAACAAGUUGUUCGUGAAGAACGUUCCCAAAUCUGCUACUGAAUACCAGUUGGAAGAAUUGUUCAAGGUUUAUGGAAAGUUGAGAAGCGUUCGUUUGGUGACGUACAAAAGCGGUGCUUCUAAAGGCCUGGCAUAUAUCGAGUAUGAAGACGUCGAAUCGGCCACUAAAGCCCUGGAGAAGACGGAUGGCACAUAUUUCCAUGGCAAGCAGUUGAUGGUGUCCAUCAGCAAUCCUCCUCCGCGAAGGAGCGAAGGCGAAGACGGCGGCAUACGCUUCGCGAAGAUUUUGAAACAAGCGCAUGUCAGCAUUGGCGGCAGGGAGGCACGCAGUAGGCAGCGCGUUCAACUCCUGCCCCGCAGCAUUCUACUCUCAUUAAGAUUUUGGAAUUUUCUUUUUGCUUAUUCACUUCCUCCUAUUAAUGUUUACAACCAUGCAUGUAUUGAACUGUUCAAUAGGAUCGACGACAUAGAGGAUAACUCAGUUUUGCGGCGUGGAAUGCCAGUCACACAUAAAAUAUAUGGUGUACCCCUAACCAUCAAUUCUGCGAACUAUGUUUACUUUUUGGCACUGCAGGAGACAAUGCGUUUGAAUCAUCCCAAAGCGGUAGAAAUAUUUACCGAGCAGCUAUUGGCCCUCCAUCGCGGACAGGCCUUGGACAUUUACUGGCGAGACACGGUUAGUUGUCCAACCGAAGAGCAGUACACCGAAAUGGUCUUGCAGAAAACAGGUGGUCUCUUCUUCCUUGCCAUUAAGUUGAUGCAACUCUUCUCUGACAACAAACAAAACUACUCACAACUUCUGACUGCGCUGUCUAUCUAUUUUCAGAUUCGCGACGAUUACUGCAAUUUACAAGCACCUGAUUACUUCGAAAAGAAAAGUUUUGCCGAGGAUUUGACCGAAGGAAAAUUUUCAUUCCCUAUUAUUCACGCAGUUCGUACUUUUUCAGACGAUGACCGAAUCAUAAGUAAGAUAUUUUGCAUUAAAGCUGUGAUAUUUACUGCAUUUAUCUCUUGAUU